GGCAAUCCAUAUUGAAGAUGUUGGAUCACUGGAGGCAGACGAUUUCAUCCAAGCCUUGCGUCGCUUUAUUUGUACUCGUGGUGCUGCCAAGGAGAUAUGGAGUGACAAUGGGACCAACUUCGUUGGUGGAGAAAAGGAGAUAAGAUUGGCUAUUCAGGGAUGGAAUCAGAAGGCAAUAAUCGAAGCUUUGCACGAAAGGGGAGUAGAAUGGCAUUCACAACCAUUGAAGAAGUGGCACUUUCAACCUCCUACUGCUAGCCACAUGUCAGGAGUGUGGGAAAGACUGAUCAGAAGCGUUCGCAAGACCAUGAAGGCCAUUAUUGGGCAUCCGCACGCCUUUGUCAAGCGCGAGACGCUGCGCACAGUGUUCGCAGAAGCAGCUGGUAUUCUCAACAGCCGACCUCUUUGUCCAAGCAGCGAAGAUCCGAACGAUUGUGAACCAAUCACGCCAAGUCAUUUCUUACAACAACGGCAAGGUCUCGCAGUACCUCCUGGUUUAUUUCAAGACACAGAAAUCCAUUCUCGAAAGCAGUGGCGCAGAGGACAAGUUCUGGCCAACCACUUCUGGGCGCGGUGGAUUCGUGAAUAUCUUCCCAUUUUGCAAGAAAGAAAGAAGUGGAUGACGAAGAAACCAAAUUUGAGAGUGAAUGAUCUGGUGCUUUUGGUGGAUACAACUCAGCCUCGAGGACAUUGGCAUCUUGGACGAGUAACCAAGGUCUUCUUCGGAGCGGAUGGUUUGGUACGUACGGCAGAAGUAAAGACAAAGAUAUCGACUUUGGUGAGACCAAUUUCUAAGUUGUGCUUAUUAGAGGAAGCACUUUAAACAGUAGAACCAUAACUCUUAUAUAUAUAUAUUUGAACGUUUCAUAGCGACCGUUUCAACGGGGGGACUAUGUUGAGGCUAGCUCAACACUUCCGGUCAGUGAUCGAAGUUUAGCGAGUUUCCGGUGAACAUCCGGGGUUUUCGACGAACAUAAAACGUUUUGUUGUUUUGUUUCGAAGGAUUAUAUUUGGACUUUAAUAGUAAAAAACUAGCUUUAAUACGGGAUUAUCGACAUUCGGUAAGACAUUUAAAGUUUGAUUAUGUAUUUCUGUCCUUUAUGUGAGCAUUUUGUCAUGUGAGAACUGUAAAUUGUUUGUAAAUUUACGUAUAUAUUUAGUGUAUUUUAUGUAUUUUCAUAUUUUUGUUAGAAUAAAACAAAGUCAGACAGAAACGUCAAUUGUCACAUUCGGGUCGAUACAAAAUAACAAGCAAAGAAAGCGUAUAGGGUCAAAGCACCUAUACACCAUAUAUUAAAUAUAAAAAGUAAGCGUUAUUAAAUCUUGGGGCAUAAAUUAGAACAUGUGGAACUGAUACCAGUAAUUCUUCAAGUUUAGAUUCAAUAAAGUAACAUUCUUACCACAUUAGAAAUGACUGCAAAUUAUGCAGAAUUAUGUUAUGCAUGCUUUGUAAAAAAAUGCGACUGUAAAUUUGUAAUAGUUAGUUGUGAUAUAUUUGGGUUAAUAAAAAAUAAAUCAUAUAAAAGAAGCAGAAAGAAGCCCCAGUUAUGACAAUGACGAUUUUUAUAACGCCACAGUACAAUAAUGAGUAAACCGUGGAAAUCGAGUUAAAAACACAGACUUUAUAUUUUCAAGUUAUGAUUUACAUAAAAGAAAAAAGCUGUCUAUUUAAUUAAUUAAUUUCCUAGUACGAUCUAUUGAUACUUUUCUGUCAAAAAAUAACGAAGUGUACCAGAGGAAAUGUUUUUGUAACUUGGAGCAAGGCCAUAGUCCCAAUUGCUUGUUUUUCUAAAAACUGUUUGCAUAAACAAAACAUUACAGCUUAAACCUGUUUUUCACUUCAGUCAUAUCGUAAUGUACUAUAGAGGCUUUUCCUUUUGUUGAGGUCACUAGUUAUACAAUACAGACUACCAAAGAAACGGCCGCUACAUUUCGGCGCGAUAUAGAGUAGAAGUGGAAAACAAGUUUUAGUUUUCGAAGACUGAAAAAUACUUUUUAACUUGACUCAUGCACAGUAACAUCGCGGUCAAAAGUCUAACGCAUGCGCAACACUACGAAAUAGGCAGGGAGAAUGUCUGCCGAAAUAAUAGGAGUAAAUACGAGAAAAGAGAGCAUUUGCAUGCUAUAAGGAAACGGCUAAAAAUAUAAGAUCAGGAAUUUUAUCGCUUUUCUCUUGUGACAAAAAGUUAUACUGAGUUGACACGCUCCCGUAAUUUUCUUUGCAUUUUUUGCUAGAGCUUCGUGAAAACAAUACUAUUUCCAGGUCUUUGAAUACGAACGUUUGACCGCGGUGUUAUGUGCAUUAUAGCAACGUCAAACUGACGUAUGGGCAACAGUUCAAUCCGAACAUGGUCCGAAAAAGCUUUCAAGAAUCCAACAGGGCAAAUAUAUGGAUCAGUUUACUUAAAAACAUUGUACUGUAAACCACACGAAAUAUCAUGACCAUGUCGAAGGACCGCGAGAGUGAUUUACUUGGACAAAGGCUGCACUAUAUAUGGUCUUUGCUCUAAUUAUACGUCGACUUUUACGAACAGUUGCUAUAUACUGUAUCUUACUAUUUCACUGCUUAUGAGAGAAUAAUGCGUGCAUGGUAUAUAUAUUUGUUGGUGAUUCAGCUGGAUUUGAAAAUUUCUGAUCAUAAUGUAACUGAUAUACCGGAACAUAAUGGUAAUGGUGUCUUUCACAAGCUAGUUGCAGUUCGUUUAUGUUGAAAUCUCGAAGAUAUGCGUGGAAUACCAACAAUGAACAUGGUUACUUGAAUACGUCGUACUGCAUGCAGUAAAGCAGAAGGAAAUUAAUGAGCACGUCGAAAUAUCGUGAGUCGUUUAGAUAAACAAAAAUUGUAUAGUGUUGACAUCGUCUAUACGCCUUGACCAAUAGUUCCUGUAUCGUGCCAUUUUACAACGGAUGUGGUAAUGACAUGCGUGAUAUAGCCUAUAUUUGUUGAAUGAUAUGCAAAAUAAUGGAUUUUAAUUAAAACUUCUGAUCACAUUGUGACUGAUAUACGGGGAAAAUGCUAAUGUACUUUCGACAAGCCAGUUGCAGUUGAUAAGAAAAUUCGAUGAUUUGUGAAAGCCAAACAUUAUAACCAGACCACUUUUAAAAAACGUUGUGUUGUAAAGCCACAAGUAAUAUCUGCACUACCAUCUCGAAAGACCGUGUUGCCAUUGUUGAAAUUAUUCGCGUUUUAUGAAUUGUUCCUGUACCUUCGGUUGAAUCCAGCACAUAUGAUGCGAGAGUUUGUAUACAUUCGUAUACGUGUAGCGUAAUGCGCGAUAUAUAUUUGUUGAAAAUACAAGUGGAUAAUUAACGUCGCAACGUGAAAUAGCUACGUGUGAGGAAUGUUUUUUCUUUCCACAAGCUAUAUAUGGUACUUGGUGUAUAUUUUCCGACAAUCGCGGUGCAUAACAAGAUUAAACAAUAUAUUAACUAUUACAGUAAAGUUAUUUAAACCAAAGAAUAAAAUCCAAAGUGGACUUGUUUAAUGAAAGGAGCAAUAUAAAGAUGACAAAUGGUCGGUUGGCUGAAUACAAACAGUAAACUAUACGUUCCGCAAUUAUGGUGAAAGGCGUAAAGAUUUGAAACAGAUUUCGCGCUGGAAAAGAAGUUCGAGAAAAUCCAGAGUCGUGCAACCUAGGAACGGCUUGAACUAUACUACUUGACUUGGUCUCACUUACGAUCGCCAGACUACAGAUUUGGUGUUCCUGUAUGUAAACCAGUGAACAGUUAUAUUAUGUUGACAUUUACAGAAAUUAAUGCUUACAAGUAUAUGCAUUUGGUAAAUCUUGGUUGGAGUAAAUAUUUGGCAAGAACAUUUUCUCGAAGUAGCACUCAUGCACAAGUCAUCGUGUGGUUAAAUUUUGGAACAUGGAUGUACUCUGCCUGCAGACGAUGUAUUAUUUGUAUUUCAUACAAUUUAAAAAAAACAAACAAGAACGAGGACUGAAGAAUAAUUACCUUUAGAUACUUAGAAUUAGUAAUACUGUUUGUAGAUUGGAAUUAUCGUUGUAAAGAUUUUUCAAGAAUGACUAAUAAACCGUUAUUGUAUAUUCAGAAAAAGCCGUAGCCAUGCACAUCGUUUCUGGUAGGAAAUAUCAGGAACGCAUAAGGCCGUAGCGGAACCCGAUGUCACAGUUGAUUGCGAAGGGGACAGAAUACCCGAGGAAGACAUUAUCCGCGACGUGGAUAUAGGUGUCCAGCAAGACAGUGAAAG